UUAAGAUCCUAUAUUCUAUCCUAUCUUAGGUGGAUUUUUUGAUAUAUAUGGGUGUCCAAAAGCUGGCCAAUAAUCAAACUGUUUUUGAAAAAGUUCCGAAAUGGAUUACAGCUGUUCCCUGCUCUGGCAGAUAGUAAUCCUGCUGAAAGUAGUGGGUCCCUCGGAGGAGGUCAACUACGAGUUGGUGCUGGAGGAGGAGCGAGUGUUCAGUGAGUGCAUGGACAACCCGAGUGGCCACUUGGGCAUGGAGGGGCUGUUCGACCUGACCAAUCUGGACUUGCACAUGGAAGAGGAGGGAAUCCACGUGGAGGGAAACAUAACCAGUGCGUGGGACAUCCAGCCAACGGAUCGCAUCGAGGGCCGACUAACAAUCUUUUAUUUGGAUCGAGGCACUUGGCAGGCGACUGGCAUAAGUGUUUUCUCCUACGAUUUCUGCAAAGUUUUGUACGACGAAAAACAGUUUUGGUACAAAGCCUUCACCAAAUAUGUCAUCAACAGUGACGAACUACAACAGAAGUGUGUUCACUACAAAGGGACUUUGUAUUUAAUGGAACCCUAUCUCUUGAAAAUGGUUUUCGGUGUAGGCGGGUUUCUCAAUCCAGGACGACAUCGUAUUGUUUUUAACCUGCAUGCGAUCGAUGAGAACAACGAGAAGCGACCAAAUGCACUUUGCUUCGAGUUAAGGGGAGAGUUUUUUAAGACUUCCCUGCGUGCAAUGUAAAAUCUAAAUUCCAGCUUUCACAUUUAAAUUAUAAUUACAUUGGAAAAAAAGAAAAGAAGCUUAAACUUAUUUCAAAAAAGCAAUAAAGCAACAACAAACGUC